AUGUCCCCACAAGGCUUCGGACGCUGCAGCAAAAUCCCAGAAGGGCCCGCCAUCAUCCUCGCCAUCGUCGGGACCCUCUUUGUUCUAGGCUUCAUCGAGAAUUUCCUGUGGUUCAGGAGCCUGAUGCAAGGCCAUCGGGCUCUUCGGUGCGGCACGGUGUGCUGGUGGCUGAUUGCCACGCUGCUCAUGAUCUUUGUCACCAAAUAUGAAGUCGAGAGGAAUGCAGAUGAGCAGGAGCAACUAAGGGAGCAGUGGAAGAGGAUGCCGUUUUGGAUGAAGAUAAAGUUGUGGCUUCAGUGGGGGUUUCGGCUCAAGUAUCCCGAGCGCUGGUUAGGGGCUCGAAAGCCGGUUAGUGUAGGGGAGAGUAUUGAGAUGGGAAUCGGUGGCGGUAGUGGUGGUGGUGGUGGUACUGGAACUGGAGGUACCACCCGGGCGGAACACGAUGACACGCCUUUGCCUGUUUAUCCCGGUCCUCCUCCCUCGAGUGUCCGUGAUGGGCAUUCGAUGAAUAGUGGGACGACAGCUGCUACUUGGGGGCCGGUCUUGGGGAACCCAAAUGCGGUACUUGGGCUUGUGCUGGGUUCUGGUACUGUGGUUAUUGGGCCGACCAUAAGUUCAGCCCAGCAGACGCCUGCUUCCCCACGGCGACAGGAGACGGGUGAGGGUCCAGCGGACGGUGCAAUCCGGGCUGUUUAG